AUGCCUGCUCCUUACUCUGACAAUCUCUAUUCCGCCGACUCUGACGACGAACACGAUCAAGGACAACCCGAUGCCCUCUCACCAACUGACGGUUACUUCCACGCGUCGUCCGAGUCGUCGUCAUCUCGUUCUCCUCAUGUCCCAAACGUGCUUGUCGAGGACCCUUCGCAGUUGAGUCGCGAUGCUAAAGUCCAAGAAGCUGAGAGGGAGAGGAGGUUAUUAAAUAAUGGAGGUUCUGCUGGCACUGCCUCUUUACACCAAGAGCUGGAAAGUGCAGGAGGUUCUGAGAAUCCAAUCGCCGCAACUCCUCAGCCUGAAUUACAGUCACAGUCACAGUCUUAUCUCCAAAGAAUAUCAACGUUUGCUCAUCCUGUUGAUGCCCCGCCUGCUUAUUCACCUUCGCCUACUUCACCAACAACAGUCAACAACUAUCAGACCUUCACUUCCACUGCUACCAUGGGUCGACCAGAAGAGACUCAGCCUUUGAUCACUCAUUCUCAUGCGCCUCAGUCUAUGAGCAACCCGCCGGCCAACCCAAGUCAAGACGACCAGCCUUCACGCUGGCAAAAGUUCAAAGACUUCGUCGCCAGACUCAACAUUCGAAGAAGAAUCAAGACCUUCCUGGCUUCGCUCUUGAUCUUUACUGUCGUGUUUAUGAUCUUCAGUAGCUUUACCAUGUCGUCAAGCCACGGAUCACACACAUCCCCAGUCCGAGAUAAUGAUCCCGUCGCUCCACCUUCUAGCGACCGUGAUGAACUUGUGUGGCGUCCUUCCAAAUCAUGUCUUAAAGACCCGAUUCCCUUGUCAAAGGAGGUCCACGAGCUAGAUAUUCAGUCAUCCCGCAACCUGAGCAUCAUUCAGACCGUCAAGGAUACUCUUGCCAACAGGGGAUGGACUACUCACAUCUCUGGUGAAGUUCUUCUUCGUCCAGCAGAAAACUCAUCGCCGGCCAGGAUUGAAGUCGAGUAUAUCUCCAACACGGAAGAGCUUUCCGUUGAGUUGAGCAUGAAUAAGACAUCGCAACUCGUCGAGUUGAUUGUGCCGCGAACGAUUGACUGGAAGUUCACUGACAAGGCUCCUUGUAUCCAAAUCCGAGCUACUAUUUGGGCGCCUCGCGCGGCGAUUAUCAACGCUCUUACCAUCAGUACUGUGCAGCUUGAUGUCAAUAUCGCAAAGGGCUUCGUGCUUGGAGCUUUGGACGGGGUCAAUAUCCGAACUGUCAGUGGCGAUAUCAAUGCGCCUGCUAUCGAUGCAAGCAGCACAAACAAGGACCUUGUUCCAUACACCAUUUCUUCUCGUGAAAUCCGUGUCCAUACGACCAGUGGGCAAGUCAAGGGAUGGUAUCCUCUCUACGAUCUUCUCGAUAUCGGAACUGUCUCAGGCGACAUCACGACCAACAUCGGACCCAAGCCCGCCAACCCGCAGUACGUUCGACCAGCCACAUUCCGAGUGCGGUCAGCUUCUGGAACCAUCAAGGUCGACGAGCCUAUCGACAAAGCUCAGAAAGCUUCCCGCCCUGAUCGCGAGUUCCCACCGCGCGACUACACAGUAGACAUUAUUACGGCUUCAGGAGAUAUCAAAGCCGACGUAGCUGCCAGUUCAUCUGCAUCCUUCAAAUCCCAAUCAGGUGAUCUGAAUCUUCGUGUUUGGCCUGUGCUGGAUUCGAGUUUGUUGAUAGCCGCCGCGGGCAAGCCAUACCUCGAGACGGACACGAAGAGUGGGACUACCCAAGUCAACCUCCUCGAACCUCUGUGGACAAGCCUUGCUACCAUCGGCGGAGCGAUUCCUCCAUUCGAGCCCUAUGACCCAAAAACUGGUCAUGAACCAUACAUUGUUCUUAGAGAAGACUCUGACGUUGCUGAAGUCAAAGUCAGCAAACCAGCUUUCUCGGUCCUGCAGUCGAAGCACAAGUCGAUCAGUGGGAGCAUCAACCUCUCCUAUCCCGCAUCGUGGGAGGGCGUUCUCUUCGCGCAGUCCGCCUCGGGCUCGCAAAAGUUCCAGGGUAAGGGAUUGCAGAUUGAAAAAGAGGGAGGAACAUUUAUGAAGAUCAUCAGGGGACGAAAAGGAACGGGUUGGUCUUCCCUUGAGGUCAACAGUGUAUCUGGAGACCAGGUGGCUGUGAUUGGAGAGAGAGACCAUUAA